AUGCCCUUCUCCAGGAGGAGCUUGUACGACCACGCCAUUGAACCACUUUUGGCAACAUUCAACCGCCGCACCCCCCUCCUGCUGCUCUCCGUCUUUUGCACCUUUGCCUUAUUCGCAUGGUAUAGAUCAGCCCGUGGAUCUGCGGUCCCGUUGAUCCACAGCGACUACGGUGCCUAUGGCCGGAAGAGCGGGUUCGACGGGACAUGGAACUACCAGAGGGACGCAGAAAACUUGAUGCUGGACUCGCAGCAAUGUGAGCAGGCCUUUCCAGGUCUGUUUGAGGAAGUCAACCGACCGGUGAACGAGAGGAUGCACAAUCCCAUCACGUUUGAAGAGAUCGAUGCGAUGCGAAAGCAGAAUGGUUAUGUCCGCGCCAUGAUCUACAACCAACAGCUCUACGUUAUUGCGACUGCAGGAGGCAUAUACUCGCGCGAGAUUGCCACCCUUCAUGCCUUACACCGCGCUAUUCUCACCUCUCCCGAGCCCCUUCCCAACAUUGAAUUCGCAUUUAACACAGACGACCGCAUCCCCUCCGUUCCUUUAUGGGGUUAUGCCCGCCGUGCAGAAGACACACACAUCUGGCUUAUCCCAGAUUUCGGCUACUGGUCCUGGCCCGAGACGAAGGUCGGCUCAAUGCGCGAAGUCCAGAUGAAAGCCGCCCUGACGGAACAAGUCGAGGGAUGGAGUUGGGGCAAGAAAAGGGGCAAACUUCUUUGGCGUGGCGCCACUAUGGGACUAGAACUACGCGAGAGACUGAUUCAAGUCACCACCGACAAACCCUGGGCGGAUGUCAAGGCUCUGAAUUGGCAUGACAAGGAGUCCAUGACCCACGACCUGAAAUCCAUGGCCGAACACUGCCAGUACAGGUACCUCGCACAUACCGAGGGUAACUCGUACUCCGGGCGCCUGAAAUAUCUCCAAGCCUGCAAGUCGGUCGUGGUCGCGCACAAGAUGGACUGGAUCCAGCAUCACCACCCACUCAUGCGGUCCAGUGGGCCCGAACAAAACUACCUUGAAGUCGAGCGCAGCUAUGAGGAUUUGGAGCCAAAGAUUACAUGGCUGCGGGCUCGCGACAAGGAAGCCGAGCGCAUUGCUGCGAACAGCGUGAAGACGUUCCGUGAGCAGUAUCUCACGCCGGCGGCGGAGGUGUGCUACUGGCGCAAAGUCAUCUAUGGCUGGGCCCAGGUGAGCUUUGAGCCCGAGUUUUUUAAAAUCGUCAACGGAUCAGCGGUCUGGAGGGGUCUCCCCGUGGAGUCGUAUCUUUUGGAACGGAGGUUGGAGUGGGAUCCUUAUUAG